AUGGGGUAUUACAACACCUCUAUUCCUCCUGUGAUUUUGAGGAACAUUAUGGAAAACCCUGGUUGGUACACCCAAUACACUCCCUACCAGGAUGAAAUUGCACAGGGAAGGCUCGAAUCCCUGCUCAAUUUCCAAACCAUGGUAACGAAUCUUACUGGUUUACCCAUGUCAAAUGCUUCAUUACUCGAUGAAGGAACCGCAGCUGCAGAAGCCAUGACGAUGUGCAAUAACAUCCAGAAGAAUAAGAAGAAAACAUUCAUCAUCGCAAGCAAUUGCCACCCACAAAUGACCGAUAUCUGUAAAACCAUAGCAGAUGGUUUCGAUCUUAAAGUGGUCACAUCAGAUCUGAAAGAUUUCGAUUACUCUUUUGGUGAAGAAGAUGGAUCGGGUCAAGGACUAAUUAUAAUAGUCAAGGGGCCUGUUGUGCCAUUUCAGUACGAUGAAGCCCCAUAA